CAUACCUAGUGGAAAAUACGGGAUCCCGUCCGCUCUCCCAUAGUCAAGCCGCUAAGGGGCUGAUUAGUAGUUGGGUCGGUGACGACCAGCGAAUACCGGCUGUUGUAUGUUUUUGUCUUCUUUUUGUUCUUCUCCAUGCCUCUUCUGUCUGGAGACUGUAAGCAAUGAAGAGGCCUCUUUGGGUGACGCAGGUGUUUGCUGCAGGAAAGCCAACUGCAAUGCAACCAACCGUGUCAAUGGCCCCCAACACUACGUCAUGCAUGCAUGUGCUCGCAAGUCAGCAAUACGACUCUGAAGAGAAUCAUAAAGGAGAGAUGCCUCGAUUGUCACAAGUGGAGUAAUUAGUCUGUUUUGUUCACCUGCUCCCCUCGCGACAAUGUUUGCCUCGCCGUGGGUAUGGGAGGUCUCGUCUCUCGCCGGUGUCAUCGCUACAUUCGCAGGGCUCGUAACGCUCUUAGCCAUGUUUGACGGCCGACCUAUCUUCGACUGGAAGAGUAUCACUCUGAACACAAUUGUGUCGACGCUAUCCUUGAUCUUACGCGCAUUUCUGCUCUAUCCAAUUGCCGAAUGCGUUGGGCAAUGGAAAUGGAUCUUGUUCAGCCGCAGCAAACGAUCCCUCAAAGACUUUGAGCGUAUUGACUCGGCGAGUCGAGGGCCACUGGGUUGUCUAUGCCUCUCUUGGCAAAGGAAUGUGCCAUGGAUACUCCGUCUCGGUGCCGUCGUCUCCGUCCUUGCCCUUGCUGUGGAUCCGUUCUCCCAACAGCUCGUUCAAGUCGAGACAAAGGUUGUGAAGAUCCAAGAGCAAUGGGAGAAAGGCGACCCUGGGAUACCUACCUACUCUCCUCGUGCAAUGAGUUACAGACGCGGACACUUAUCCAAGGCCAACGAAACUUCUCCCGCAAACGAAUCAUCGGAUUCCAAGGUGGUUCACAUGGAGGCGCGACCAGCCUUGUCUAUGGCAGGGGCCAUAUUGAAGAGUUUAUCGUCAUGGGACGGUCUUAUCGUGCAAGGGCUUAAUUAUGAUUGCACAGAUUCGAAGUGCACUUGGCCGCCGUUCCAGACUCUCGCUGUGUGCUCCCGCUGCCAGAACGUGGCAUCGCAGCUUAGACGAGUCGAAAAUUUCGGGGACAUGUUCAGAUACAUGGAAGAUCUUGGCGACGGAGACAUCGAAAUUCAACCGGGAAAUGCCACAGCAGUGGCUCUCCCCAAUGGCCACUUUCUUGCCAAUCUGAAUGGAUGUCUCACAGAAAAGUCUGCUCUGGAAGAUGGUUGCAAACUGCCAGGGACAGCAAACGACACAAUCGAAGCUCCUAGUAACGUGGCAUCGUUUUAUGGAACGAGUGACCCAAACCACACAAUGACUAUGCAAGAUCUCGACACCAUGAUCUGGUCCACGACUGCGCUAUACGUGGAUGACGAACAACGGAGACGGGGGCAUCUUCCGCCCGACUGGGAUGGACCGGGCGGAGAACUCGAUGACUACUAUCGUAACUCCACCGAUCCUAUCCGGAAAGAUACUCAAGCAGAUCUAAGCAGAUGGCCUUAUUCCCCGGUCCAAGCUGAAGAAUGCGCAUUGUUUUACUGCGUUCAGACUAUCGAAGAGACGUACGAGCUGAGCACGCUUUAUGACCGCAUCACUGAAUUGCCAGACUUUACGCGAAAGACCGACUCCUGGCAACCUCGAGCCAAAGGGGACCUCUCACCAGAAAACAUCCCGCCAAAUCCCAAGAGUCUCGAAUUUGACAACAAGUACGCUGCUAUGGAAAUGACCGACCUCGUGCUUCACUAUAACAACAAAUCAGCAGAACGGACCGAUUUCAAUCUGUCCCACGCUGCUAUCAUGUCGAUCAGUGCUUACUUCCAGGAAAUAUUUCGGAUCCCGUGGACGAAUGAGUCCGAAGCUUUCGGUCUUGUGAGAGAUCGGAUCCCUGAUGCAUCGGUGUUGCCUAAUGGCCGUAUCAGAUCCCAUAACUUACAUGAGCCGACAUCGCUGGAAGGGUUAUACACAAAAGAAUUCCCAUCGAUGAGGAACAAGAUCAGCAAUCUGGCACUUGGCAUGACUGUUGAGAUGCGCAAUGACGCGGGAGAUAGCCAUUAUUACAGUACCGGCACGUCGGGGGUUGAUAAACACCAGGACGUUGUGAUUGGCUCGACCCAUGUCUCAACUGUGAUAUACAGAGCAGAGUGGUACUGGAUCUCGUUGCAUGGGGUGAUAGUCUCGUUUGGAGUGCUGUUUUGCGUCAUGACCAUGCUCAGCACGACAACGGGCGCACGAGAGCAAACGGUCUGGAAGAAUCACUCUCUUGCCACAUUGCGACAGGGUGCAGAUAUUGGGCAGAGACUCUCGGCUGUUGCUACACUCCGAGAUCUCGACAAGGCAGCAACAGACUACAAAGUCACCAUACCAUCAACUCAAUCCGCCAAAGCGCUCUUGCCAGACGAAUAGACGGACAUCAUCAAGCUGCAUAAUAGUGAAAACAUCGCCUUUACGACACUGAUUCGGAUCUCACUCCGCUGUCUUUGGCUCCAGGCUGGUGGAUGUACUGCUCGACGGCUUGGAAUUUAUCGAAGGAUAAAGGUUCGGGAACCUGACGAGCCAAAAUCUCCUGCUAUAGGUAGUUUA